AUGCCAUCUACCGAAAAGCCAAACGCCGCGCGCGCAUUCCCUACCAUCAAGAGCAUCAAGACCUUCAUAACACAAGGACCUGGCUCGGGAGGAGAUUACCACAAUGUUCACGGCGGUCAUUGGCUGAUCGACAGCAAGAUCAGCACUCCCAUGAGCCAGUAUGAGCAGUAUCGCAAAUCAAGAACCUCGUGGGGUAUCAACGUGCUCGGCAGCUUCUGCGUGGAGCUGGAAGCGACGGAUGGGACCAAAGGGUUUGCCACAGGCUUCGGUGGUCCUCCAGCAUGCUGGCUGGUGGCAGAGCACUUUGAGCGAUUCUUGAUCGGCCAAGUUUCGCUGAUGUUCGCAAAAGAUCCGCGGGAUACCAACCACAUGUUCGAGCAAAUGUACCGCGCCUCCAUGUUCUACGGCCGCAAAGGACUGCCAGUUGCAGUUAUAUCUGUUAUCGACCUCGCGAUAUGGGAUCUUCUCGGCAAGAUUCGCAACGAGCCAGUAUACAAAAUGAUUGGCGGAGCCACACGGGAGAGACUUGAUUUCUACUGCACUGGUCCGGAACCCGCGGCAGCCAAGGAGAUGGGCUUCUUCGGAGCCAAGGUCCCGCUGCCAUAUGGCCCAGGCGAGGGUGUCGAAGGCCUGAAGAAGAAUGUGGAGUUUUUGACCAAGCACCGUGAGAGUGUUGGACCGGACUUCCCUCUCAUGGUUGACUGCUACAUGAGCUUGAACGUACCGUAUACCAUCGAGGUGGUCAAGGCGACAGAACACUUGAAUCUCAACUGGUGGGAGGAAUGCUUAUCGCCAGAUGACAGUGAUGGUUUCGAGCAGAUCAAGCGCGCACACCCCAGGAUGAAGUUCACCACUGGAGAGCACGAAUACUCGAGAUACGGCUUCCGCAAGCUUAUCGAAGGGCGCAACUUGGAUAUCCUCCAACCUGAUGUCAUGUGGGUUGGCGGUAUGACUGAGCUGCUCAAGGUCGCAGCCAUGGCAUCUGCAUACGACAUUCCUGUCGUGCCUCAUGCAAGUGGCCCGUACAGCUACCACUUCGUCGUCAGCCAGGCCAAUUCUCCUUUCCAAGAGUACCUCGCAAACUCUCCUGAUGGCAAGUCGGUGUUGCCAGUGUUUGGAAACCUCUUCUUGAACGAGCCUAUUCCCACCAAGGGCUACCUAGACGUCAAGACACUCGACUUGCCAGGAUUUGGCCUCGAACUGAACCCUAACGCCGGCCUCAUUGAUGCUGCGAGGAUCUUGAACCCAGCGCCAAUGAAGUCGCUGAAGCCCGCUGAGGAUGAGCAAGUAGCCGCGACAAACGGCACGAACGGUCGGGCGUAAGAGUGGAAUUGGGUAGUUGUGGCGUUGGAGGAUACCACCUGGCGGCAUGGAAGUAAACAUGGUCACGGCCGCACUUACUACUUUUGUAUAGAUUGUUGGCGUUCAAGCUC